AUGUCUGAUCGCACUGUAACCGUAGAGACAAGUGCAAGUGAGUGCUAUCAAGCAUCGCAGACACUUGAAGCAAGUGAGAUCAGGUGAAGCAAAAACUAGUUACAUUCUUAGUGUCGUAGCCGUAGCCGGACGGUGUGGUUUGUUCGUUCCAAAGUGUCGUCGUGCAAGCUGCACGAGUGCAAAGUUACAGCAGUAAAGCAAUCCGAUCGUCACGAAUCGAAUGCCGUUAGGAUAGUGUUUUGUGCCACUUAUUACAGCAUGAAGCUACUCUAUGCGUUAGCAAUUCUGAGCGCCUGCGUCAAGAUCAGCCAUCAAAAGACGUCUCCAUGUCCGGCAGUGUUUUCGUACGACGAACGCGAUGAUUCAUACGAUACCUGGUUCGGGACAAUACGCCUGAAGAGUAAUGUGCCCCUGUACGGUAUCUUUGUGGACAUUAUUUUUUCCUCACCGGUGCUUUCGUUUGGGACAUUCCUGCGGCAGUACAACACGGACGAUAAUGUCCAUUUCCACAUCAUGGACAAAUCGUACCGUGUGCGGGCAGGUGAGGUAGUGAUCGUUAAAUUCUUCGUACGUUACGCACCGGACCGACCGGUUCCAUUGCUGCGUCAGAUCCGGUUCAAUGGACAGAACAUUUGUACGGAAACGCGCCAAAAUCCGGUACGGCCGAAUGCCCGACCAGCUGGAACGAACUAUGGCAAUCCGCAAGUAGCAACGUCUAGCGAAACUGAUGACAUUAUAGCCGAUGUCUACACACCCGUAGUACAACCGAUCAAUUCCCACGUAACGCAUCCACCCGUAGAAUCCCACGUACAGCCCCUGUACUCCUCUAGUUCCUUAGGCUCUUCGCGCAGUAGUAGUACGGUGGCCACCAGAGCUACCGAUGCGAAGAGCUCCCACAGUUCGCCAGCACACUCUGGCGAUGUGUAUCCACCCAGAUUCAACACAGAUGACCAUGUGGAACACUCGUCAAGCUCGACUGGAAGUGUAGAUGGGAAGGAUCACGACACCGAUCGUCACAGAGUUGCGAAUAGACGUGUCACUACGACGACUUACCGACCGAUCGCCGACGAGCGUAAAUGGGAUCAACCAACACCAAGAUCACUUGUACCGGAGAGUGCCACGCAGCGUGUCUCCAGUGUUCCACUGAUCGCUGACAAAGGUUUCACUACUCUAGCUCCAAUUUCGGUCACAACGGCUACUCCAAGCAGCAAUCGCGAGCAAUACUUUGCCGGAGAUUAUGCAUUCCUUCAGCAGGACAGUUCACCAAAGUCUACCCAAACGCACUACAUCAACAAAUACGAGGGAGACAUCUGUGGUACGGUUGUCCCGAAGGCGAACCCACUAGUAACGCACGGUACUGUAUCGGAACGGGGCCAAUUCCCAUGGCACGGAGCCCUGUACCGGAGUACGGUAACGGAGCUAAAGUAUCUCUGCGGCGCUACGUUAAUAUCGCGCCGGGCAAGCAUCACUGCAGCACACUGUGUGACGCUGGAGAAAAGCACCAAACCGGUCGAUGCUGGCAGUUUGCUACUGUACUUCGGUAAGAUUGAUCUAGGCAAAUGGAACGGUCCGGAAGAGGAUGCCCAAAUACGUACGAUCCACAUCCCGGCCCAGUAUCAGCACGAGCGGUUCUUCAACGAUAUUGCUGUGCUCGUACUGAAAGAGGACAUUAAGUAUAGCAACUUUGUGCGGCCCGUCUGUUUGUGGAACUUUGACGAUGACUACAAGGCGCUGAUCAACAAGAUAGGGCUAGUGCCGGGUUGGGGAUAUAACGAGCAUGGGUUGGUCAGUUCGAGGCUUUCCUUCGCCCAGAUGCCGGUGGUAGCGCACGAAACAUGCAUCUGGUCGAACCGGGACUUCUUCAGCAAGGUCACCUCGGACACAUCGUUCUGUGCCGGGUUCAAGAAUGGUACCUCCGUGUGUAACGGUGACAGUGGCGGUGGUAUGGUGUUUAAGCACAACAACCUGUGGUAUCUGCGGGGCAUAGUGUCGGUCAGUGCGGCACUACAGGAUCGAUUCCGCUGUGACUCGAAACAUUACGUCGUGUUUACGGAUGCGGCUAAAUUUACGUCCUGGAUAAGGAGUCUAAUGUAGCUAUUACAGUGCCGAUGAAAAUGUUGAGAAACAAUAGUACUAGCACGAAUGUUUAUAAUAUUAAGAAUAUGUAGAUUACUGGAAUAAUUUAGUAACAAAAUAAAAAUGUUACCCAUAUGUUACGAAGAUUA